ACCAGUCCCUGUAACUGCCGACCGCCGGUCGCACGCGUUCAGAAAUACCGCGUGUAAACGCGUAGCGUAUUUAAAAACUCUUUUUGUGCACUAUAAAAACACAAAGUGACAUUUUCCCAGUGACGUGUGUGUUUUUGUGCGUGUUCUGUCACUUGAUAUGUCAGUUUAUCUGUCAAAACUUGGGAACAAAUACUGAAAAGCCAUGGCGAUUCCCGAACGGAUCUAAAUCUGACAGCCGAAGUGACAGGCGGCCAUGUUCAACUUCUUCAAGCGGAAAGGCGGGAAAGCCGAGUCGCCCGAGAGCCCGCGAAAACACCCGACCGCUUCGAGCUCAGUCGAACCGCGCGCGACUAACCAAUGUGACAUAACGAACGAGAAAACUGGCACAAUACGCAAAGAUGUAGUGAACCUGCUCAUCCCGGAGACGGACUACAAUACCCAGAAGACGGGGGUUGGUGCGUUACUCGAAAUAAUGGCCGGGAAACGGAAAAGGGGCAAACGAAAACGGGAAAUCAAAGAUAAUACGCAAGCGAAACGCAUCGUCGUCCCGCCUACGCCGGCCAAAAAUACACAAGACACGUCUGACGAUCCCGCCGAGUUCGUGCGAGCGUUGGUGCUGCAGAAAUACGCAAAAGCCGAACCAAAACAACACGUGUCCUUAGUGUAUGUGUCAAAUGAGCAAGAGUUGGAAGACAAACGGCACGCGGAAGCCCUGCUCCGUGAGAUAGCUAAAAGCAUCGACUGUGACAUCGAUUUAGACGAAGAUGAAAUGGGAGCGGCUGACAGCAAACAAAUAAUCGAAAGAAAAGAUAAAAAAGAACCCGUUUAUGAAACCUUAGACACAAAAUCGAUUAGGGAUUACAAAAACGGUUUAAAGGGCGAACUAAAUAAGCUGUUAGACGCAAAUACAAACAAAGAGAACAAAGAGGUAGAAAGCCCAGAAUCCGGGAACAGAAAAUCGAAUUUAAAACCUCCGAAGUCAGACAAUGAAGGCUGUUCAGAUGACGACAGAUCUGACAAUGGAAAAAAACGCGUAACUUUCCGUAAACGGAUAGUUUUUGAUGAUGGAGAGGAGCAGACUGACGAAGAAGCGGAUUCUUCAUUCGAAUCUCUUACUUCUGAGGAAGCUGAUUAUUUAGAAGACUUGCCAGAUAACGACGAACUGUUAGGCGGUUAUGUGGUCUCCAAAAAUGAUCACACUACUGUGAUUAAUUUAAACGAACCUGUAAUUAAAGUUGAGUGUGUAGACGAUUUGAGGAGAAUCACAAGUGACAAUAGUGACAGUGGGUUUAUAGAGUCCGGUGAUGAGACGAGUGACGUUAAGAGUAUAGUGGAAGAGUGUGAGGAGAGUGGGGAAAGUGAGAGUGAAGAAGAGGUGAUAGAAGAGAUAAUAGAGGAGAUCGUAGAGGAGAUAGAAGAGAGUGACACCGAGGUAGCGGACGAUGAAGAAGAUGAUGUUGAUGAAGUGAAAGAUCUCGUAAACCAGGAAUCCAGAUACCAGACCCAAGUGGCAACCUUGACAGAGCUCGCAGACACGAGAUGCAACGAAGCAGAGAACGCAAGAGAGCUGAUCGUAGCGUGCAGAAAGGAGAUAGAAGAGAAGGAGCAGCAGAUAGAACAAUUGAAAUGCGACCUGGCAGCGGCGCACAAGGAGUCGGAGCUGGUGCGGCAGCGGAGCCGCUCGCUGGAGGAGGAGCUCGUGGCCGCCAGGAAGUGCUCCGCUGACUUGGCCGAUGACCUGCAGAGGAGGAUUGAAGAGGCGAUAAGACAACUGAGAUCGGAGUUAGAAGAUGCACGCUCGCGUCGAGCUGAACUGGAGGCAAGAGUGCAGGCCCUUGAGAGAGAUAAAGAGAGACUGGAGCAGGAGAAACUGCAGCAGGAACUGAGGGCUAAGGAGACUCUAGAGACAGCAGAAGAGAACACCGUGAAAUGGCGCGCGGCGCACGAGGCGGCGCGCUCGCAGGCGGCCGCGCGCGCCGAGCGCAUGCUGGCCGACUGCGAGUGGAAGAUGAGGGAGCUGGAGAAGAGGGCCAGAGACGCGGAGAAGGAGAAGAGAGAAUUAACAGAAACAGUGGAACAACUCAAAGCGUCUCCACCCACUCCGUCCCACGUGGCCGAGUUGCAACAGCUGCGAGGUCUGGCCUCAGAGCAGCAGCGCUCGGUGCAGUGCCUCACGCUGCAGAUACAGAAGAUAGAGACGAGGGAGGAGGCUCUCAAGCUGGAGGUGCACCGGCUGAAGGAUCUGCUGGACAAGCAGGCGAGGAUACAGAAGGACAAGGAGGAGCAGCAUUUACUUGCGAUAGAACGUCUCUCGCAGCAGCACCUGGAGAACGUUGCAGCGCUGAAAGCGGAGCACAGCGAGGCGGUGGCGAACGCGUCCAGCGCACGCGCAGCGCUGGAGCGCGCGCACGCCGAGCGGACGCGCACCACGCUGGCGCAGCUGCGCGUCGACGCGGAGAAGGACGCCAGGAACGCGGACAGGAAACUGAGGGAGCUCAGCACCAGGUUUGAAAACCUGAAGGAGGUGCUGGCGUCCAAGGAGUCGCAGUUCGAGCACGCCAUCGCCGAGGCGCACAGCAAGGCGGACUGGGAGCUGCUGCAGUUACGCCACACGCUGGACAAGGCGGACAUCACAUACGCCAACACCAUCGAGGCCAUGAACCAGCGCUUCGAGCGGGAGAGAGAACAACUAACGAGCGAGUGGUCGGCGAAGGUGCGAGAGGUGGAGGAGCAGGCCGCCACGGCGGCGACGGAAGCCAAGAAGCUUCUAGAAGCGACCAGGAUGAAGCUCAUCGCGGAGAAGAAUGACGUCAUCAACAAGUUGAAGGAGAAACAUCAACAGGAAGUUGACGACCAGUGGGAGUUCUUCAUGUCAGACAAAGAGAACUGCCUGCAGCGCAUGAAGGUGGAGUGCCGACAGGAAGGGGAGGAGGAACGCCUCAAGAGGGAGAAGGAUUUACUCGAAGAGAUUGCAGAGCUGAAGUCUCAGAUCCACUGCAAGUCGACGGACUACGAGCAGCUGACGUCGAAAGCUGCCGCGUGUGGUCGGGAGCUCGCAGUCACUGAGCAGGAGCUGAGUUGCGGCUGGGUGGGCGCGCUGGCGGCGCCGUGCGCGUGCGCGCUGGUGGGCUCGCUGCGGCUCGCGCUCGCGGCGCUGCUGCUGUCCCUGGCGCUCGUGUUCUACAGGCGCUACAGGAGGAAGCAUUGAUGCCUACAUUUAUAUUGAAUAUAGGUUCCAUUGAUGAACAAGUGCCGUGCCGUGACAAAACACUUGAUUGUUAUCUUAGAUAUCUUAUUAAUCUUCUACUAUAUAAAAUUAAGUCGGGUUUUCCACCCUGAACGCACGCACGUCUGUAACUCCAGAACGCACGAACCGAUUUCCACGGUUUUGCAUUCGUUGGAAAGGUCUCGGCCUUCGUAAGGUUUAUAGCAAAGAAAAUUCAGGAAAAAAUUAUACAUACAAAUAGCGAAAAACCCAUGAAUGAAAAAUGAGAUAUUUGCAAUAAAAUAACGAGUUUUGUGUGACAAUCUACAGUGUAAUGUCAUAGCACGGCAGAAUUUGGCGUAGUGAGGUACAGGCAGAUGGUCAAACAACCACACAACCAGAUUUAACUGUACAGUUUUAUGUAUUCAAAGUUUUAUUACAUAAAACUGUACAAUUCUCAGAUUUGCGUAAAUACGGACGUUUUCACUGUACAGUUCUUAUUUUAAAUGCGCAGGUUUAACUGUUCACUUUUAUGUAUUCAAAAAACUGUACAAUUCUCAGAUUUGCGUAAAUACGGACGUUUUCACUGUACAGUUCUUAUUUUAAAUGCGCAGAUUUAACUGUUCACUUUUAUGUAUUCAAAAAACUGUACAAUUCUCAGAUUGGCGUAAAUACGGACGUUUUCACUGUACAUUUCUUAUUUUACAGUUAAAUUGAAGUUCCGUAGCCCCCAUUAGUAUUCCAAAUGAAGUAUCGAUCACUUACAAAGGACAUGUCCCAACUUUGUAUGGAGGCUGGGCCUUUAUUCCGAGUGUCAACUAAGCAGAACAAAUUAUUUUUAUCUUAAAAGAACAAAAUAUAGGGCUUAAGUUAAAACCCAAAAUAAAAAAAAUAAAAAAUUAAUUAAAUAAAAUGUAUUUUUUUCAUUCAUUAAUUAAGAAUUUUUAUUAUGGCAACAUGCUUGUAACUCACACCCUGAUAGACUGUUAGUGAUCUUUGCGUAGUAGCGUUCGUUUAUGGCGUUUUUAAAGCAAUUUAUGGAUUUAAUGUUUAUUUUUAACUUGUGUCUUAUUGACAUUUGACAAUAUUAAUGACAUUGACAGCUUACACCCGAUGAAUUCUAUGCCAGGUGUUUUAAUUGGCUGUUUUGAACACUUUUACUGUAUUGUCUAUGUUUAAUUUGUAGACAAGGAAGCGAAACAAAAAAAAAUAUUUAUCUACUUAAUGCGGGCUUCCAAAAAUUCUGAAUAUUAUUUUCUCAACAUCAAUUUGUAUUUUCUAUCCGUAAAAAAUACUAUCGACCUGCUUAUAAAUUAUAAAUAAUAAAGGCCCAUUUUGGGACAUGUCCUUUGGAACUUUGUCCCACCACACCAAUGCGGGGUGUUCGUGUCUUUACUCAAUUUUUAGUUUUUCUUAUAAAAUACUUGUAAAGGAGAUGGUCCAAAAUUGUCCAGAGUCCAGGAUCAGUCAUUGUACCCUAGCGGAAAUAAAAGAAAAUAUUUAUUUUAACUAUUUUUGAUUAUACAAAUCUACGAAUUUACUUUAAUUCUUUCGAAAUAAUAUUCAUUAUCUCCCAAGAAAUGUAACAUUGGUAACGGUAAUAAUGGCGGAUAGAUGACGUUUUCAAUGCAGUAAUCGGUUUGACGUUUGCUGUCAAUUGUCACGUCAUAGUUGCUCUAUGGGCGCCAUCUUUAUAUAAAUCAAAAACUUGGGGUUUUGUUUUAUUUAUUUCUUUUUAUUUAGUUCGAUUUAUUAACUUUAAUAAAUUUUAAUAAAGUCCUUGUAUUUUUUAAAUUUUAAUGAUACGGGGUACAAGAGUGGACCUGAAAUGGACCAUCUCAUUUACCAGUGUUUUAUUUUUCAAAUUAUUUACUUAUUUUAUAUAUAUGUGAAACAAACGAAAAAAAAUACUUGUAAGUAAUGGGGAUGAUGACUAGGUUUGAAUAUAUUGAUUUUUAUGAAACAUUCGGGUCAAUGUUAACUAAUUUAUACAUAAAAAGCAAAGAUUGUCUGGAUAUUUGCAUAAUAAAUGAAAUUAUAAAAUUUAAAAUCUAUUAAAAAUCUUUUAUCGUAAUUAGUUGAAUAGUCAUACAGUUUUAGCUUCCUUACAUUAAAUGUGACAUUUUUUAAUACAUAAACUAUAAACAUAAACGCACAAAUAACAAAGAUAUUAGUAAUUUUGUUUGAACGUCCAUACAAAUGUAACGAUCAUUAUGUACCUACGACGUCAUUAAUUCGUACCAUUUUGUAUGGAGCGUUUUUCAGGGAUCCGCGGCAGCGCCGCAAAUCUGACCCUUUAAAUCCCUGUAGCUCCGAAAGUAAUGAUCGCAGAUACCCUGUUACUUUUACAAAAUUGCUUUACUAUUAGCAUACUCUUAAUUUAUAUACAUUUUAUAAAACUGUCAUCAUCCCUAUUACGUAUACUAAUAAAGUAACAUUUACUUAAUUUAUAAUAUUUUUAAAACUAACCCCUCAGACUUUCGAAAUGCUUUAGCUACGCCAAUGUAUAAAUAUAAGAUGUACUAUAACAAAAUAUUUUAAAAAAAAUGUAAUACUUAGUAUGUCUAUGUGAAUACUGCCGAUUUGGACUGACAUUAAUUAAUGUAUUUAUUCAUAACGAUUUGUAAAUUUUAGGUAUCAACGUCAUGUAACGCCACAGAUAGGUAGCCUGCGAUAGUACCUCAUUUUAGGAUCAUAUAACUCAGUUAUUCUAAAAUGAGGUAUGUCUGGAUAUUACAGUUUCGGUCCGUCAUUCAUAUAUAGCAGGGUUUCUCAAAAAACGCUAACCCCUAGGGGUUCGUCAUUUGACGACAGGGGGUUCGCGACAAAAUUCACGUAAUGGUGGCUUGAUAACUGAUACCGAGUAAGAAUUAAGGUUAUAAAUUGUCCAAAAUUACUCCUAACAUUGAAUCCAUUUGCGACAAGAGACAAGCAUACCCAUCACAUUUAUAUUACAAAGACAUUUCUUUGGUACUUUUAAAUUUUUCUUUUUUUUUUGGGGGGGGGGGGGUGUCCAGUAAUUAGUAAAGGGUUCGCUGUCACUUGGAAAUUUUAACAGGGGUUCGUGGAGUUUGAGAAACCCUGAUAUUAAAAUGUUAUCAACUCUCCUAGUCACUUGGUGUAAAAUAUGUCUCAUUGUAUUCAUCAUGUACAGGGUGCUCGGGAGUGUUGUCUAUAAAUCUACGGUUAUAUGCUUUAAAGAAAAUUAAUUAAAAUGUCUAAGGAACAUGUGUUCUAAAAUAAAUCGCGAUAAGGCCUCCGUGGCGCAGUGGUAUGUGCGGUGGAUAUACAAGACGGAGGUUAUGAGUUCGAUCCCCGGCUGGGCUGAUUGAGGUUUUCUUAAUUGGUCCAGGUCUGGCUGGUGGGAAAUUCGGCCGUGUCUAGUUAUCACCCUACCGAGAAAGACGUACCGCCAAGCGAUUUAGCGUUCCGGUACGAUGUCGUGUAGAAAAAGUGUUUUUAUUCUUUAAAAUAUAAAUAAAUAAAUAUACUUAAACAAUACACAUCACUAUCUAGCCCCAAAGUAAGCAUACAGAGCAGCUUGUGUUAUGGGUACUAAGACAGUUGAUAUUAUAAUAUUCAUAUACAUUUAUAUACUACAUAUAAAUACUUAUGUAAUGUAUAAUUACACACAGACAUUGGAAAAAACCCAUGCUCAUGACACAAAUAUUUUCCAGUUGUAGGAAUCGAACCCACGGCCGUGGAUGCAGAAAGCAGGGUCACUACCCACUGCGCCACGCGGUCGUCGCGUUAAAAAAAAAGUUAUACAGUAUAUAGUUCGGCUCCUAUAAGUGGACUCGUCAACACCUUGAAGUUGACCUGGACAAUACUCCCGAGCACCCUGUAUAUUGCAUGAUGAAGACAUUUUAAAUUAUAAAUAAAAUUAAUAAUAAUAACAUCUCAUGUUUAAAAUAUUUUAAAUGCACUAAUAAUCUUGGAAGUUAAAAGUUAAUUCUUUUUCAAAAUUGCUCAAUUUUUAACGCUUCAUUCAUUAAAUGUAAAAAGUUUUAUAAUUUCAUAUUUUUUAAUAAACUGUUCUUUGCUAUAAA